AUGUUGCGUCCCGUGCUCUGCUCGCUGCGUCGCUCAACGCCGUCACUCGUAGCUCGCGCUUUCGCCACUGCAUCGAACGAUCUCCGGAUCCAAAAGGUGGGUAUGGUCGGCCUCGGUCUCAUGGGUCACGGUAUCGCCCAGACAGCUGCCUCAGCAGGUUUCCAAGUUGUGGCUCUAGAUGCUGAUUCCAAGGGCCUGGACAGCGGUAUGCAGCGCAUCGAGGCGUCGCUGAGUAAGCUGCAAAGUCGCAGCGUGAAGAAGGGACUGCUCACGCAACAAGAAGCAGACGAACAGGUCGCUGCUGCACUGGCUCGGGUUACUCCCACGACCAACGUGGACGCUCUUGCGGACUGCGACCUCGUGAUUGAAGCGAUUGUGGAAAACGUGGACGUCAAGAAAGAGUUCUACGCCACGUUGGGCCACGUGGCCAAGCCGUCGGCUAUCUUGGCGUCCAAUACGUCGUCACUGGCGAUCUCGGACUUUGCAGGGUCGUCGGGACGCGCUUCGCAGGUCGUGGGACUGCAUUUCUUCAACCCUGUGCAACUGAUGAAGCUCGUCGAAGUCGUUCGAACGGACGUCACGGAUCCCAAGGUCUUUGAUGCGUGUAAGCAAUGGGUGCUCGAUAUUGGCAAGCACCCCGUGAGCUGCAAGGAUACGCCUGGGUUCAUUGUCAACCGACUGCUCGUGCCGUACUUGGCCCAGGCCAUUGCAAUGUAUGAGCGAGGAGAUGCCACUAUGGAGGACAUUGAUGUCAGCAUGCAGCUCGGUGCAGGACAUCCGAUGGGACCGAUCACGCUAGCGGACUACGUUGGCUUGGACACGACGCUCUUCAUUCUGGAGGGAUGGGUGCGAGACCAUCCGAACGAGCUGGCAUUCUUUGUGCCAGAGAUUCUUCGCAAAAUGGUGGCUGAGGGCAAGCUAGGCCGGAAGACUGGAGAGGGGUUCUACAAGUGGGACGGUGACAAACGUCUGUAA